AAGCGAUAGCUUGAGAGCUUUAGUGAACAAAAUGUUGUUAGUCAUUCACAUAAAUACACAGAGUGCAGUUCAUAAAGAUCGAAUUAAUAAAAUUGCAAAUUCUGGACCUAUACACGUCUUAAAAUGAACAAUAACGCAAUAAUACCCAUUUGCAGCUUGGGCCCAACGUCAUUUGUUAGUUCAUCCAUAAAAGCCCGUGUUAUGUGGAAAUCAGAGAAAACGCCAUGGAACAAUAAUGGCCAAGAUGGAGAAAUUUUUAUUAUGACUUUAUUGGAUGAGUCUGGUGAAAUAACAGGAGUUGUGUUUAAUAACUUGGUCAAUGUAUUUUACGCCUCGAUUCAAACAGGCCUGGUAUACAUUUUCUCAGGCUUUGAAGUGCGGCAGGCGGAACAGAGAUUAAAAGUUUCAGAUAAUCCUUAUCAAGUAUUUCUUCUUGGGAAUACUGUCGUAGAACUCAGUGCUAGUGACCGGAUUCCCCGAGAGAAAUAUAAUUUCCUGCCGUUAUCGAAGGUUUCUUCAAUACUGGACAUGGAGCCCGUCGACGCAAUUGGAAUCUGCUCGGAAGUUCGAGAGCUGGAUAACAGAGCAGGUUACUUUAUUCGGGAAAUCUUACUUGUGGAUCAUGAUUACCAGUGUGUCAUGUUAAAUCUGUGGGAAAAGCAAGCUGUGAACUUUGAGGGUAAACCUGAUGACGUUAUCGUGGUCAAAGGGGCGCGUGCCCAGACUCACAACAAUGAAAUCAAACUGAACGCCGGCUGGUACACGAAUGUGCAGAUUAAUCCAGAUAAUCCAGAAGCCACUUCCAUGUUGGAAUGGUAUGACAACCAAUAAUGAACUCUAAAAUAUUAUUGGACCUAUGAUAAAUUGAUACCUGUGCAAUAAAAAACAAGAGAGAAAGCUA